AUGGCUGAGCUACAACAGAUAGAAAUGCUUUGUCAAGCAUUAUAUGGAGGUCAGCAGAUCCACCAAAAUGAAGCUCACAAGGUAUUGAUGCCACUAUUACGUGAUGUGCAAAAGUUACCAAUUCUUCGCGAUGUUUUGGCAACUAGCACAAACCUCCAGGCAUUAUUAUUCGCCUCUUCUGGUCUUGUAACAUUAUUUACGAACCAUUGGUCCCAGAUUUCGGACCAAUCAAAGAAGGAACUGCGGGAAUUCUUACUCAAUUACCUCUACACAAGGGGCCCUGAAAUGCUAAACUGCGCCCCGGAAGUUUUAAGGCAGUUUAUACAUCUUUAUUGUCGUAUUUUAAAAUUAGGUUGGCUGGAAGAAAUUAAUAAUCAGCCGCUCAUUUCUCAUAUAACUCAGUUUUUGUCUGCGUCCACUCAACACUGGAUCAUUGGUCUAAACAUAUAUACGGAUUUAACUCAGGAAAUGCAACCGCAGAUGGGAAAGCUUAUAGCAAAGUUUAGAAGAGCAGCUUUAAACUUCAAGGAGACUAUCCUUCCAGACAUCUUUGCGGUUACGAUGCAAACUCUAGAACAAUUCCAUAAUGGUACUAUGGUUGUAAAGGAUACUAACGAAGAGACUCAGCUGCUUUACCAGAUUCUCCAGCUGUGUUACAAUUGCUUGAGUUUUGAUUUUAUGGCGACAAUGCCUGAUGAUACCUCAGAGGAACAGGCUACAGUUAUGAUUCCUCAAGGUUGGGAUUCUCUUCGCUCUGAUAAAAUACCCAGGUUAUUGUUUGAAUUAUAUGCAAUUUGUACCAACAAACAACCAAAAUGCGCAGUUUUGUGCUUGAAAUGUCUGGUUGUAGUUGCUGCAUUACGUAAAUCCUUUUUCAACAACGAAGCUGAAGCACUAGGCCACAUUAACAGUUUUAUGCUUGGGACAUUGGAAAUAAUUCGGAACAAAACUGGAUUGACUGAUGACGAUUGCUAUCAUGAGUUGUGUAGACUACUUGGAAAAAUUAAUGCAGCAAAUCAGUUGAGCCAAUUGCUCCAGAGUUCAGCAUUUCCACUUUGGACGGAACAAUUGCACAUAUUUACUCUAGAGGCAUUACAGAAUUGGAAGCAUAUGCCAAAUAGUAAGCAUUAUUUACUUGGCGUAUGGGCACAUAUGGUAGUCCCUUUGGCUUAUAUGAGGGGGAAAGCACCAUGUUUGCUAGAAACUAACAUUCUUCAAAUCACUUUGGAGUUCAUCUCAAGUCGCUUUGCCAUGGCCGAAUGUGUUGUUAGAUCGGGAGAUGAUUUAGAUUUUGAAAAUCCCUUAGAAGAUGAUAUCUUGAGGAUGGAACAAGCUGAUAUUUUUAGUAGGUUGUGUAGAUGCCAAUACAGAGCUGUAGUUAGCCAUGUUCUAGAUCUUUACAAGAGAUUGGAUACGGGUUCUUUGGAUCAUUGGGGUGCGGCUAUACGAGAAGAGAAGCUUUCUUGGCUGGUAUUAUUUUCCGGUGCUAUGCUUAAUGGGAGCUCAUCGUUACGCUUAACUGGUGACGAAUCUAAUCUUACUCCAACAUGCUUACAAUCAUUGAAUAUUGAACUAGCUGGCCAAGUAUUUAUGCACAUGGCAGCAACAGAUGCACAACCCACAGAAAAUAUCAAGUUAGAACUCUCGUACCUUCACUUUUUGGGACAUUUCAGAAAGUUCUUUAUUAGUGAACAUACAAAAGGAACAAUAUCUGGCGACUCUAGGGAAAGAUUUGCACAAGUUCCUGGCUGUCCUAUGGGUAUGGAUGGUUCGCAAUAUUUAUUAAAUAAACUCAUAGAAAAGGUAUUUUUUAAUCUACAACGUAGAGUUUCAGAUGAAAACGUUGUGAAGAAAACCCUGAGCUUUUUUAGUGAUUUAUCAUCUGGAAUAGACAUUGUACAUUAUGCUGAUAGAUCACCGCAUCUGAUCGUAUCCGCCAGAUUUAUUUUGCAAUGUGAAACUCUUCGUUUUGCGUUAGUUAACCAUGCAGAUCAAUCCUUUAAAUUUCUCUCUAUAAACCAGUAUGGGCGAUAUAGAACCAUUUAUUAUACAAUAUUGAGUAAAUUACUCCUAUUAGAACUCAGCAGCGAGGAUAACUUAAGCGAAUCAACAUGCAAAUUCAAUGCAUUUAUGGAAUAUCACAAAAAUGUUGUCGACCAGUUAUGGAAUUUAGGCCCACAUAUGUUAGCAUCUCCGGAAUGUAAAUGGACAAUCAUAGGAUUAAUGCGCGAUCUUAGGGGUAUAUGCCGUUCAUGUGUAUCGGUUGAAUCCUAUCAAAUGUUCUUUUCCUGGAUAGUUAAUAAUCCUAGGAAGCAUGGAGAAUCCAGGCUCCACUUGUUAAAGAAAAUUGCAGAUGCUUGUUGGUCAGACCAUGAGAUCAUGGUCCCACUUAUUAAAUGUUUGUCUGAAAUUUUAGAUAAUAGAGGAAGACGUAUUACGUUUGAAAAAACAUCGGCGAAUGGAAUUUUAUUAUUUAAGGAAUCGGCAUCAAUAGUUGUAAGUUAUGGAUGUAAACUGCUUCAACUAUCCCAAGCUAGUGAUUCCAAUCUAUAUUCUACCGGUGAGGAUAAAUACAAGAAGAUUUAUAAAGGCAUAACAGCUAAUUUGGAAGUUUUAAACCAUACUCUUGGGGGAGACUAUGUUAGUUUUGGCGUUUUUGAUGUUUAUGGUGAUGCAACACUUGACGACGUCUUGCGAUUGGCAUUUCAACUCUGUUUAUCAAUUCCCGUAGAAGAUCUACAAGCAUAUCCAAAGGCUAUGCAACCAUUAUAUGGUUAUUUGGAUCUAUGUACAAAGUUGUUUAUGCCCCAAGUCUUAACAUUGGAACCAAAGUGUGUUGCGCAAUUAAUAUCGGCUUGUCAAGAUGGACUAUGUUCAUAUGAAGCAUCAAUUUCUCUUUCUGCAGCAAGUGCAUUGGAUAAUUUUGUAACCUACUGUUUUAAUGAAAUGAACACUCAAAUCACCGGAGGUGGUCCCAACCCUGUGCGCGUAUUUUUGGAAUCAGAAAACGAGUGUUUAAAAAGGGUUAUGAUAUUAAUAUUUAACUUACUGUUAAGAGGAGAUUCAAACAGUGCAUGGAGUAUCUCUAGACCCCUUUUAGGUUUGAUUUUGUUGAAUCAAGCUGAAUUUCAGCAACUACCUCAACAGCACUCUCAAAAUUUACCAGAAGACAAAAAGGAGAAACUCCAACGUUGUUUUGCUUCCCUAAUGAACGGUAUAGAUAAUACACUAUCACAUCAAAACAAAGACACCUUUACCAAGAAUGUAUACUUAUUUUCGCAGGAGGCAAGGGUCUCGUUUAUCUAA